UUCCAUUAUUACUUUAGGGAAAGACCUGUUCCUUGCGCACGAAUUUAAACAUGGAAGCCGAAGUUGGGUCGGCUCCCUUGCAAACCGCUCCGCCCGUUUCCUCGUCGUUCACAGGCACUUGCGAAGCAUCGGCGUGGGCCAGUGGAUCGUGCUGUGCCUGCCCAUCGCGGCGCUGACAGUCACCGCCUGCACCUGCCUCAUCUUCUGGCUCUUCAUGGGCGAGUGGGAACUGGAAGAGGUCGGCCUGGAGCUGGCUUCCUUCCUGAAGAACGUCGUUGAACUCAAGCUCUCCGAGGACAAGUGCAGGGAAAUUUGCGCCCUGAUGGCGGUGUCUGCCGUCAUUAUGCUCACGGGUAUCAGCUUCGGCGCCCUGAUCACAUUCCUCGACGUCGAGUCCACGCAGAUCAACUGCACCACCUACGUGCUCCUUCUGGUGUUGGGCAUGUCCGCGGUCUCCCAACUUCGCGUUGCCCGAGGCAGCCCGAACUGCGGCGGCACGGUAGCAGGCGCUGGGCAAAUGUGCAACGGCGGUGCGGCCGCGGUCGGCGCCAGGUCUUUCAGCCUGGGGCUCGAGGCGGGACUGCUCAAUGUGCCCUGGGGCAUGCUCUUCCUGCUCGGAGGACACGAAUGCCUCGGAAAGGCGGCCGAGCUGGCGGGCGUCGUGCCGACCAUGCAUUCGUUGCUGCGGCAGCUGUCCUCGUACAAGCCCAUCAUCGUCCAGGCGGUGCUGGUGAUGUGGACGUCGCUGCUCGCCGAGAUCUGGUCCAGCGUCGAGGCGCACCGCGCGCUCCUCGGCAUCGUCAGCGAGCUGGCAGCCGAGAUGCAGGUGAAUCCGGUGUACUACACUUUUCCGGUGACCAUAGCCAUCUCGACGGCGGGCAUGCUGCCCGGCUCGGCGCUGUCCAUCGCGCUGCUCAUGGACCAGGCCCCGCUCAGCACCGCAAAGCUCCUCAUCCUGGGCGCAGCGUCGAAGUUGGUGGCCGUGGUGUGCACGCUGAUCUCCAUGAACACGGUCGCCGUAGCCCUCUACGACUUCUCCAACACCAGCUACCCCCUGGCAAAGGACGAGGUCGUCUUCCUGCCUCUGCAGCCGGACCUCCCUUUGUUCUUGUAGCGAGGGUCCAGGCCGCCCACGCAUGCACCGCCGCGUCUCAACCGACCGGCGACCCUUGCCCCCGCGGCCUGUGCGACAACGUUACCCUCCUUUUCUCGAAAACGACCGUGUGCGUGUGUGUGCGUAUUUCGAAGACUUGUUUUGCCGCCGCCAUUUCUCGGGCGUCGAGGAGUUGGAACCUUGACCUGCAGAGUGUUCCUCUCGCGUCCCUCGUAAUUUGAUAAGUGCAGUGUUUAUAAUUAUUGUAUCCGUGUUCCUCAAGCAGAAAGCAGUCGCUUUGAUUAUAUAAGCAGCGAUUAUGUACGUUCGCUCAAAGCAGCUGCUGCGUCUAGAAGGGUGAACUGCGCUACAGUCUGUUCGGUGCCUUGUGAGCAACUUCUGGAUGGAUCGCUCCGAAUCGUAAUAGCGUGCACUGAACCAACGUCGCGUUGCUGCGACUGGAACAAACUGUACAAGUCGGUUGUCAAUUUGCCGCUCAGUGUUGAUCGAUCCUUGCAGCCCCAUGAAGAGCUGCGUGCUUUC